AGUGUUGGUUGGGUUUUAUCGGAGAUCGACACUCUGAUGCUACACAAACAGUGCCAGUUGGGCGUAUUGCCGCUGGGAACCGGGAAUGACCUGGCCAGAGUGUUGGGGUGGGGUUCAGCAUGUGACGAUGACACCCAGUUACCCCAGAUACUGGAGAAACUGGAGAGAGCCAGUACAAAGAUGCUGGACAGAUGGAGUAUUAUGAUAUACGAGACCAAGUUUCCACGGCAACACUCCAGCUCCACGGUAACAGAAGACUGUAGUGAGGACUCAGAGGUGCAGCACAUUCUGACCUAUGAGGACUCUGUUGCAGCUCAUCUCUCCAAAAUACUGACAUCCGAUCAGCACUCUGUGGUCAUUUCCUCUGCAAAGGUCCUGUGUGAGACUGUAAAGGAUUUCGUUGCGAGAGUCGGCCGUGCGUAUGAAAAGAACACAGAAAGCUCAGAGGAAUCAGAGGUCAUGGCUAAAAAGUGUGGGGUAUUAAAAGAGAAGUUGGACUCGUUACUGAAAACGUUAAACGAGGAAUCCCAGGCCACCAGUGUGAUGCCCGUGCCGCCUCCCACCAUCGCUGAGGAGCAGGACGAAGGGGAGGGAGAGGUGCUGGCUCCGCCCACAGCCCCGCCCACAGUAAUUCCCUGCUCGCCCCGCCCAACCGCUGCCAUCUUCAAACCGCGAGAACAGCUGAUGCUCCGCGCGAACAGCCUGAAGAAAGCCAUCAGACAGAUCAUAGAGCACACGGAGAAAGCUGUGGAUGAACAGAACGCUCAAACGGAGCAGGUGUUUGCUUCUCUGCCAGCUGAGGAGGAAGACGAGGACGAUGAAGCUGAUAGAUUAUCCCUACAAUCUUCGUACAGCAACAGAGCACGACCCAGUAGAAGAGCCUCCAAGACUCCGUGUGAGAAGCUCAUCUGCAAAGGGAGUCUGUCUAUAGGCAGCUCCGCCUCACUUCCUGUCCAGACAGGAAGUAGGGAGAAUAUGCCCAUGCUGAACACCAAGAUCCUCUACCCGAGUCUCAGGGCAGGUGUGUCGGGCUCAUUCAGCGGUUCAGUCAUCAGCAGGCUGUUGGUCAACGCGGACCCGUUCAACUAUGACCCAGAGAACCUGGAUCUGUACACAGAGAAAUGUGUCAUGAAUAAUUAUUUUGGAAUCGGUCUGGAUGCCAAAAUCUCUCUGGACUUCAACAACAAACGUGACGAGCAUCCAGAGAAGUGCAGGAGUCGCACUAAAAACAUGAUGUGGUAUGGAGUUCUGGGUACCAAAGAACUUCUUCACAGAACCUACAAGAACCUUGAACAAAGAGUUCUACUGGAGUGUGACGGGAGGCCCAUCCCUCUUCCGAGUCUCCAAGGAAUCGCCGUGUUGAACAUUCCCAGUUACGCAGGAGGAACAAACUUCUGGGGCGGAACGAAAGAGGAUGAUACGUUUACGGCACCGUCGUUUGAUGAUAAGAUUCUAGAGGUGGUGGCUGUGUUCGGCAGCAUGCAGAUGGCCGUUUCUAGAGUCAUUAAUCUUCAACAUCAUCGUAUCGCACAGUGUCGAAUGGUGAAGAUCACUAUUCUAGGGGAUGAAGGUGUACCUGUACAGGUGGAUGGAGAGGCAUGGGUUCAGCCGCCUGGAUACAUCCGAAUAAUCCACAAGAACCGCACACAAACCCUCACGAGAGACAGGGCAUUCGAGAACACACUGAAGUCGUGGGAGGACAAACAGAGAGGAGAGAUUCCACGGCUCGUAUCCCAGCAUGCUUCACAACCGGAGGUCGUGUCUGAAGAGGAAACGGCUCAGAUCAGUCUGUUUGGACAGGCGGCUGGUGCUCUGAUACACAGUAUCAGGGAAGUGGCACAGUCUCAUCACACUAUCGAGCAGGAAUUAGCUCACGCGGUAAACGCCAGUUCUAAAGCCAUGGACCUGGUGUACGCGAACUCUAAAAGCAGCGGGGGUUUGACGUGUAAUGUGGUGAUGGACAUGGUCAGUAAUGUUACAGCUCUUCACAGUGAAACUGAACUGUUGCUCUCUGGAAAGAUGUGUCUGCAGUUGGAUCCUCCUCAGCGGGAUCAGCUGAUUGGUGCGUUGGGAUCUGUCACUCAACAGUUAUGCACGCUGACAGAUAUCAGCUGGCUCAGUCAACUCAUUGACCCGGCUGAUGAGGAGGAUGAGGGUCAGAUGUCUGAUUUCUCCAAGAGGAGUCGCAGUGCUAAAUUCCGCCUCGUGCCCAAAUUCAAAAAAGAUAAAAACAACAAAAAUAAGGAGACGUGUGCCGCCCUCAACAUGCCUGUGUAUACGUGGGGGGUUGAUAAGGUGGCCGUGUGGUUGGAGAUGCUGUGUCUCUCAGAGUACAAAGAGAUCUUCAUCCGACACGAUGUCAGAGGACCAGAACUGCUUCAGCUGGAGAGGAGAGACCUGAAGGACUUGGGCGUGACUAAAGUCGGCCAUAUGAAGCGGAUUCUGCAGGGAAUCAGGGAUUUGAGUCGAAACAGCACAGUCAGCGAAGCAUAGACGCUCCGCAGCCAAUCAGAUGCCUCAUUCAGAAGUGAUGCAGCUUCAUCUGGC